GCCUUUGUCCCUGAGGCACAGGUGUUGUUCUUGUGUGUCAUUAUAUGAGGUGAGCAUUGAAAAAGGAUGUGCUAUUUCUGUCAAAGAGCUGGAAUAACAAGUUUGCACUCACAUUCUGUGUUUCUGUGGUGCCACCCAUUCAUAUCAUAUCUCACUUGCUCAUGUGAAAGCAUUCAGCGUUGGUAACUUCUCAGAGGCAAUGGAGGGCUUUAAUUCGUAUUAUACAAGAAAUCUGAGUGAAGAAACGCCAGCUGCUUUCAAAGACCUGUUGCAAAGAUCUCAUCCCAUUGAAGAUAUACUUGAAACCAGCAAGGAGGAUCGAGAGGCAGGUCCAGUUUCUGGCGUGGAGGACGAAGCAACUUUUCCAGAUACAAACACAGACAUGCUGAGGCCAUCUCCAGCCACGUUAGAUGAAAGAGAAGAACAGCUGGAAGAAGUCAAAGACAGUGAUAAUGCCAGUGUGAUGGAGCAAGCUGAUAGAAUAGAGCAGAUGAACCUGGAGUUAAAAGAUCCACCUAUAAGUAAGCCCAUACGGACAUACUUGGAUGAAAGUUUACCGGACCUGCUCAAGAGUGGGAGUCCACUCCGUAGACGUGUAUCAAGCCCAGUGGCAGACACGUUAAAGCAGAUGCGCCGCGAUGUUGAACUGUCUCGGCGAAGGAGCAUAAAACUCAAGGCUCAAGUGGAUAAAUUUCAGGAGCAGAGUAAGGAUGGACUUGUCUGGAGUCAACACAGAGAACUGGUGACUGAAGAGAUUCAGUCCAUUGUAAAGCUGCUUAUCCCUCUGACUGAUUCAGAGCCAACAGCAGAUCCUUCUUCUGAGAGCAACUCACUGGAUAGGGCAUUAAGUCAGCUGAAGACUGUUGCACGCACACUCGCUCUCAGUCACACAUCUCAGGGAAACGCUAAAGACAGGACUACAGACGAGGUUGCUGUAUUUCAACAAGCGCUACGGGACCGAGAUGAGGCUCUUGCAAAGAAAAAAGCCAUGGAGUCAGAGCUGCUGAAAUGCAAGACAGAACUAAUGUCACUGAACAAUCAGCUCCUGGAGGCAGUGCAGCGGCGACUGGAGAUGGCUAUCGAGCUAGAGGCCUGGAAGGAUGAUGUGCAGACCAUCAUUCACCACCAGCUCCUGAGUCAGCAGCAGGCAGAACAGGCCCAGAAGAAGCCCAGAGGUUUCAAUGUACUGAGGCGCUCCAAACAAUCCAGUCCAGCCCAGUCUCCAGUACUGAGCCGCGCAUUCUCUCCUGCCUCGCCGUCCCCCAACACACCUGUGGCCCAGCGCUGGAAAGACAAACUGAGACGAGGACGUGCCAGUCAGCAUGCCUCUGCUGUCCACAACCAGUCACCCAGCCCGUCCCCAAUGGACUCUACAGUCAGCAGCACGGAAGACAGUUUUCAAACAGUCUCUCUUGACUGAACUUUUAUCUGCAUUAUAAGCAGACUUGGGGAGUAACGGAAUAAAUGUAUCGGCGUUACGUAAUCAGGACACAAAAAACUGGUAACUGUAAUCCAUUACAGCUACGUCCAAAAACAACAAUCAGAUUACAGGCACAUUUAGUAAAAAAAUGGGAAUACUAUCAGGAUUUAAUUUUUUUUUUUUCCAUUUAAAACCAAAGAAAUUCAUCUUUUAACAUAACACAAUAUAAAGAGCUGCUUGAUUAUAGUUCUGGUUCUCUCUUGCCACUCGUGGCUUACCUAAUUUGGUAGAAAUGAAUGCAGAUUUUUCUCUGAAAUGCUUUUGUUAGGGACCAUAUUUGCAUUGCUUUAACCCCUCUCUGUAAUUACCACCUUCUGCGAGAAGAUUCACCAGUGAAUCGAUUAUAAAAGGCUAGAAGCAAGUAUUGGGCAGAUUCCUGCCUCUCAACCACUAGCCUACUUUCGACAAGCACACGAAGGUGAAGCGCUGUUGUGUACUGCGUCAAACACUUCCUUGACAAUAGCAGCAAAUGACAACUGUCCUGAGUCGCAACAACGCCCAUGGCCAUAGAAAGUCAUUUUUAAAUUUAUGUUAUCACAUUGCUUUGUAUUACAUGGUCAUUCAAAUGUGUCAGUGAUGGCAGAAGGUACACUCGUGGCAUCUAAUAUUUUACAUAUACUUAUGUGAUGCUAAUGGUGUAGCUUUUUCAGUGUAUUAAAAUCUGCAUUGUUUUGAAAGACACACACACACACACACACA